AUGCAGUUGACCACGCUAAUUGUACUUGCGCUGCAGCUGAUGCGACCAGCGAUUGCCUCGACAACUCGCGCGCCCAAUCCCCUCACGCAGCCCACAAUGGGACCCGUGUGUCUCCAGCCGCCGGUGUGCAUGGCGCGCAGUCCUCGGGUUUGCGGCCGGCUGCCCAAUGGCCUGUGUCGCCGCUUCAGGAACAUCUGCGAGCUGAUCGCCGUGAAUCGCCGGGAUGUGAGCGCCGACAGGAGACUGACCUGGACGCAUACGCAGGAGCGGGACUGCCGGCUGGUGCGCCGAGUGGGCGCCGGCAAUGCGAACUGGUGCCAGCAGGACUGUCCCCGGCGCGCCGUCCCCUGCCGACGCACGCCGCGUGCCCAGGAGAUUUGCGUGCGCUCACGCAACCUGAGGUCCUGCCGGGUCCUGGCCAACCGCUGCCAGCUACUGAACCUCAACUGCUUCGGCCGUCCACGCAACAAUUGGCUGCCGGCGCCGAGACGCCUUUGCGGCCAGCUGCGUGCGGGCGAUAGACCACGCGCCUGCCAGCUUCGGUUGCCCUCCCGGAGGCCCGAUGUGACCAUUAGUCCACCCGUGCUGCCACGCCCACCAACCAGCGAGCUGCCUCCGACGACGACGACCAGCCAGCCUGCUGCCACAUCUGGCUAA